AUGGCGCCAAGAACAAAUCCGGCCCCCAUCCCCAAUCCCUUUUCUAUUGACUAUGCACCCACAGAUCGCGCCAUCUGCAAGGGUUGCGAUGGGCGAAUUGGCUUAGACUCUCUCCGCUUCAUUCGAAAGGUGUGGAGCCGAUUCCACGAUGGGUUCGAUGAGCUUAAGUACCAUUUGCGCUGCGGAAAGAAGUUCACCGACAACUUGGAGGAUAUUCGUUAUGCACUGCAGGGAAGAAGAGAACCUAUGUGCUUCCACGGGCGUGUGUGUUGCGAUUUGCCUGUUGCAGUGUGGCAGGCCCUCCGGUGGAAUGACAUACUCAGGGUAUCAAAGAGCUUCAACGUGAAAAUCAACGAGGAGCAUCCGGCAGUGCAGGCAGUGAGGAGACGCAGCGACGCGAUAUGGAGCUUAAAGGCGAUGCUUAUGGAAGUUCCGAAGAAGCAGUUAUUGUCGAUCCUGGACGCGAAUAGCAUUCCAUACAAUGAAAAAAAAAUAUCAAUCGGAGAGGCGGCUCAUAUUGUGGCUGACGGAUUCAUGUUCGGACGCUUUCCUCCGUGUCCGAUAUGCAGCAACUCUACACUCGUUCAAGACGAAGCGAAGAGAUUUCCAGUCUUCAAGAAAUGGAAAUGCCCUGUAAACGUCGAGGGAUGCAUGCAAUUGGGCAACCCUCUAAGCUCUCCUUCUCCCAAAGUCCUUAAGGAGGAAAAUGCUGCAACCGACGCAGUCGAAAUUCCUCCGGGCAUGGAGCUUGUGGGACUAAGCUUUACGUCUGUCGGAACUACGGACCCCUCCAAGCAGGAUCUUCAAGUUUCGAUAGAGCGCCACGGAGGGGAGUAUACGGAUCACCUCGAGAGCCGCACGACCUUUCUGCUGGUGGGAGAUGGAGAUGCGUAUCAAUUUACCAAGAAGUAUAGAGAUGCACAGGCGGCAGGAGUGCCCAUCGUACAUUGCGCGUUCGUGCGAGGCCUAAUAAGAAGAAAAGAUGCCGAACCAAAACUCAAGCUGGCGGAUUGCCGAAAGUGGAAGGGGCCUCAUGACGGACCAGACCCCAGACCCACAGGCCUGUUGUUGCGAAAGAAGAAGUAUGCACAAUACUACGUCGUCGAAGGCAAACUGGCCCACGAGCUGCCGAGCGCUGCAGAGGGCUUCCGCCAACUCAGGAAAAACAAGGAAAGGAGCAGCGCGAAGGUGAAGAGGCCAGCAAUUGCCAAAGAUGCACCGAUCUUGCAGGUGGAUCCACUGUUCAGCAAGAAAGGAGGAAAGAUCUUCAUCGAUGAACUAGGCAACGCGUUCAAUUGCUGCACCCAGUUCACCGACAUCACUACCGGCAUCAACAAGUAUUACGCGAUGCAAAUCGUUCAAACAGGCAAAACGUAUCAUUUUUUUACCAAGUGGGGGCGCCUGGGAGCCGAUGAUAAACUCACAAAUGACUAUCGGCAGCAGUCUUUUGGCCAAGACGUAGACAGCGCCAUCCGUAAGAUCCUUGCACCUCUCGCUGUCCUCUCUGCACUGCGCUUUCUUCCUUGGUCUUUGCGGAAAAGGGUGAACCUGAGAAUAAUUGCCACUUAUCACGAGUCUGUUGCUGCAGAGGCCUUCGAGACAAAGUUUCAGGGGCUCACCGGUACGCACUGGGACGAUCGAUUCAGUUUUGUCCAGCAACCUGGCAGGUAUGGGUUUGUGGAGCUGGCGGGGUACGAGACUGCGCAGAAGGCGAAAGUGGAGCCUCUGCAGAAGCGCCUUAAGACAGAAGAAGCGAGUGCCAGUAGUUGCCUGGCGGAAUGUACUCUGCAGCCCGAGGUGAAGGUGGUAAUUGAACUCAUCUUCGAUAGAAAUUUGGCGGAGAAGCUGUUGAAAGAGCAGCAUCUCAAUCUUCAGAAAUUGCCAAUCGAAUCAAUCUCGAAAAAACAACUGCAAGAAGGCUACGCAGUCCUUCAGGAAAUUCAAAAUUUACUUCGCGAAGAUGCUGUCCAGACCAGCACACUCAAAUAUCAAACCAAAUUGGCCGAUGCAACCAACCGCUUCUAUAUCAAGAUUCCACACAUUUUUACGUAUGCCCAAAAGCCGCCGAUCUUGGAUUCUUUGGCAAAGCUGAGGACAAAGAUUGAAAUGAUGGAACAGCUACUUGAAUUGUAUCUACCUCUUAAGGCACUUAUGCACCCUCUCCUCUCAUUCUUAUUAUUCUGUUCUCAGGUAUCAGUGGCCCAGUCGCUGCUGACGGACGCCCUACUAAACGCCAAGGACAGGCAUCCCCUUGACGCGCAAUACGACCAGCUCUGCUGCAAAUUGGAGCCCCUGCCGGAGGGCAACGAAGAGCGGCAGUUGGUCUGCCGUCUAAUCUCCAAUACGCAUGCACCAACGCACAAUACGUGGAAGCUAAAGGAACGAAGUGUGUUUAAAUGCGACAGAAAAGGAGAGACAGAGCGCUUUAAUAGAGAAAUGGGCAACAGAAUGCUUUUGUGGCAUGGCUCGAGACUGACGAACUGGCCAAGCAUCCUCGCAAAAGGACUGCAGGUUGCACCCCCUGAGGCGCCUUCUUCAGGCUACAUGUUUGAUAAAGGGAUCUACUUUGCAGAUAUGGUUAGCAAGGCUUCGCAAUAUUGCUUCGCUUCAUCGCAGCAGCCUCAUGGUCUCCUGGUUCUGUGUGAGGCAGCGUUGGGAAAUCAAAGGCAGCUCCUCGGGGCGGACUACGAAGCGGCAGCCAAAUGCAAAGCAGAUGGAGAGGACAGUGUUCACGGUGUAGGCCGCAUGUGUCCUAACCCAGAAGCCGACUAUGAGGUCCCUUCAGUUGUAGACGGCAAGGCCGUGAGAGUCUGUGGUGGGAAGAGCUGGAACAACUCCAAGGCGGUUGAUGUUGUGAAAGCAAAAACUCCAGGAAGCCCUGAGGCCGCCCUUAUGUACAACGAAUACGUAGUAUACGACCCGCGUCAAGUCAAAAUUCGCUACUUGAUUCAUGUGGAAUUCGAAUUCGCCUCCUUUGAUCUCGACGACCUCUGA